AAACCCUAUAAAUGGUUACUAAAAUAAUCAAAUCUACUGGCGUCUAGGUGGCGAAUAUUGAUUAGGCAUAGGAGAAUAUCCAGACACUCAAUUGAAGACAAAUUCCUGUCUCAUUCCCAUCUUCUCCUUCUUCUUCUUCAUCAUCUUUCUGUUCCUGUUUUUCUCUUAUUUUCUUAAUGAAAAUUAUACUUUUUUUCUAACUGAGGGAUAAAAAUUUAGCUCCUCGGCUGCAUCUUCAAUCCUUUCACUUCUCUUCUCAGCUUGCCCCACAUCUUCCCAGGUUAGCACAAAAAUUGCACCUUACGCUCUUCUUCCAACCAUUGCCAGCAAGUUUUUGCUGGCAGCUAAAACUUUUUUCGCUUUCUUUCGAGGAUCAUGAGUCCCAAUGCACUAAGACAUAGUAAAGCCUUAGAGGGUUUGCAUGGGGUGCAAGUGUUUCCUCAUUCACAAUCUGCAUUAGAGGAGAUUAACCAACAAGGGGAUUUCCAAUCCAGUCAUGAUAAAUCAUUCAUUACAGCAAAUCAACCACUAUUGAUGCAGGUAUGGCAACAGAGACCAGCUUGUUUAAGGCCUGUAAGAUGUUGUAUGCAAGGGGACCAGAAUCUUGUGGAGACAGUUGCCAAUGUGUUGACAUCACUCCCCUUUAUUGCUCUUGGGAUCCAGGCCCCUAGGAGAAAUUUUAAUACUAAGCUGUAUGCUAAUUCUCUUAUUGGAGUUGGAGUUGCCUCUACUUUGUAUCAUUCUUCUAGAGGAAAGCUCAGGAAAUACUUAAGGUGGGCCGACUAUACAAUGAUAGCCACUGCCACUGUGUGUUUAUCAAGAGCUAUUCGGAAUGAGAACCCAAAGUUACUAAUGGCAGCUACGGCUUUACUUCUACCAGUUCAGCCUUUAAUGGUUUCGGCUAUUCACACUGGAAUGAUGGAGGUAGCAUUUGCGAAAAGAGCAAUAAAAGAUCCAGAAUUAAGGAAAGCACACAACGUGCAUAAGAUGUCAUCACUGUUGGGAGGUGCUCUUUUCAUUGCAGAUGAUAUGUUUCCCGGGACACCUUUCCUUCAUUCCGCAUGGCAUCUCGCAGCGGCUGUCGGUGCUGGCACCUGUAACAAGCUUCUUGAGUAGCGUGUAUAUACAUCCCAGUUCAAUUCCUAUAUCUUCCAUUAAUUCCAUGCUAUUCAAUUAUCCUGAGAGCUGGGAUCCAAACACCAGGAUCAGGUUGGAACUGUGAUGGGAUUUUUUAGAUUCAACUAUAUAUUCAACAUGGAUAUAUUCAGAUUUUUUUCAUGUGUUUGAAAGGUUAUAUAUCUUCAUGUCCAUGUUUGAAAUGGGUGGUUUAGGAAGAGUCAGAGAGGCAUAGGCAUAGGCAUAGAGGCAUAGAGGCAUAGGCAGGAUGUGCUGCAUUUGAUUGCACUUUGAACCCAAACUGGAUUUUUUUUUUCCUUUUUACCCGAUUAUUUGUAAUUGUUUUCCCAAAUCAGAUGUAUUGUGAAUACUCAUUAUGGUAAAAGGCAAAUAGAUAUGUAAAACCGGCGAUUGUAAUUGAAUUGCCAGAAAUCUUUUUCUUAACAA